AUGCCAUCCAACUACGCGCGCGCGGGGCCGAUCUACGCUACGGUUGCUCUACUUCUGAUGGCGUUCGUAAACAUCUACGCGACUAUCGCUCUGUCCAAGGUCAUCAACGCAGCACCGCCGUCCGUCAAAACAUUCACGGAUGUCGGUGCCUGGGUGUUUGGCAUCACAGGUCGCUAUGCUGUCAUGAUGUCGCAGCUGUUAGUGUGCCUACUGCUACCGUGUGCUUUCUUGGUACUCGGCAGUAUGCUGCUCGACGUGCUGUUCCCCGAUUCGUUCAGUCAGAUCUUCUGGAUGGUCUUCAUGGCUGUCACGGUCAUCCCAGUGUGCCUGAUCCCCACCUUGAAGGAGGCGUCUUCCGUUGCGCUUAUGGGGUGCCUCAGUACGAUCAUAGCUGACGUCGUCGGAGUUUCCAUUCUGGAAUGGGAGAUGCGGGGUCACCCGUCGAUCCCGAAGCCUGAUGUGUCACUCCACCAAGUGGUGACUGCAUUCGGUAAUCUGGCACUUGCGUACGGGGCUGCUGUGGUGAUCCCAGAUCUACAACGUCAACACUCUCAACCGGAGCGGAUGCCACGCAUCAUUAUGGUCAGCAUGGGGAUCGGUACGGUUUUCUUUCUCGCCAUUGCCAUUGCCGGCUACGCUGCUGGAGGAUGUCAGCUUUCGGGCAACCUCCUCUUCUCGGCUGUCAACACGUCGGACCCGUACGCGACGUCGGCUCUGGGCUUCAUCCCCAGCCGCGGUGCUGUCAUCAUGGCCUACAUGUUCAUGCACGUGCACAUUGUGAUCGCUUUCUCGACGAUCACGAUGCCGGCGUUCUUUAUGGCGGAGCGAUUCCUUCUGGGAAUGCACAAGUACCAACCUGUCGUUGACCCGGAGCAAGGAGUUGAGAUGCGUGAGAAACUCUCGUCCGUGGCGGGUGCGUCCCCAGUCACUCCAGAGUGCAGGUACAAUGCUGCUUCUGGCACCCCCCAGGUCGUGGCAAAGUACGAAGACGAAUUCUCCGAGUACCGUGGCAAGCUCAACAUGCUGCGCUACAUCCUUCUUCGACUAUGUAUCCUCGCCCUACUUGUGGUGGCGUCGGUGUUUCUGCGGGACAACUUCCUUGAUCUCGUCGACUUCACGGGUGCUUCGGCCGUCACGGCCGGCAGCCUCGUUUACCAAUGUAUGAGCGUGUCGGGGCUAUGGUGA